AUGUCCUUUUCAGGCACACUUCCGCCCAAUAUCAUUGUGGACUGGAGAAGUCGUGACGUGUUGAAAGAUUGCUCUACGUCACCAACCGCACCAAAGCCUCACAAGGAUUUGGGUUUGGUUAUGCAUUUGAGGGAUGAUGACGAUACCAGUCAGUGUCACAUAAAUGACAACCGCCAUCACAGUCUUCACACCAGGAAUGAUGCGACAAAGAGGUUCACACCAGGUGAUCUCUGCGUCGUUUGCGGUGAUGCAGCCUCCGGCAUCCAUUAUGCUGUAGCGGCAUGCAACGGAUGUAAAACAUUUUUCAGAAGAGUUGUUCUUGAGAAUCGAACAUAUUCGUGCAAGAACAACGGUGACUGUAUUAUCGACAAGAACAUGCGAUGUUCAUGCAGACAUUGCCGAUUCAAAAAGUGUAUUAGGGUUGGGAUGGAUAGAAGUGAACUGAAUGUGGAACGUCGGCGGAAAAGAAAAGCUCGUCGAGAUGCCGAACACGGUGACGAUAUUAAUGAAGUGGAAAUCACAGAUCCGCUCAUUGAACUACUCAUCGAUAAGGAAACUAAAUACCAAGUUUUGCUGUCGUCUUCGGUCACGCCCAUUCAUAAUUCUCUCAGGGAAGCCUUAGACAGUGGGUACAAGGCGUUCGAUGACGUUGAAAAGUAUGCUACUAAUCCCAUGCCUGUGGGAAUGUCCACGAAUUUCUCUUAUUGGCGAGCAAAAAUCUUAUCAGUGAUAGUCGAGUGGGCCAAAUCAUUUGAGAUGUUCAGCAGACUAGCACUUGAUGAUCAAAUGCGGCUAAUCGUCCAUUCAUCGUUUUCGAAUCUCGUCUUAGCGGAAGCAUUCAAUACUCCUGAAAAGUACACGGAUCGAAUUGUAUUCCCAGAUGGUUUGAGUGGAUUUCGGAGUCCUUCCGCAAAUACUUUGAAGGAACGGAGCGGGUUAAUCCCUACUGUUGUCGCUGUCAUUAACAAUAUUCUGGUUCCCAUUCGGCGAAUGAAAAUGACAAAAAUUGAAUACCUUCUUCUUCAGGCGGUCCUUUUUUAUGAUCCAGAAUGUCUGUCCCUAUCCGAAGCUGCACAACAUCUAAUAGCAGCCAAGAGGCGACGGUUAUUGGAUUCAUUGCGGCAUCAUUUGGACGCUAAGUUGAAAGAUCCAACAGAAAGUGCUGCUCGGUUUGCAGAAAUCCUUCUGCGGAUAGGAAAUGUACAGAAAGUGGCUGCUUUCAAAAGGGAAACUCUUUGCACGAUAGAAACAUUCAACUUGAUGCAACCUCAUCCAUUCACUAUGGAAAUUUCGAAGAAAUAUCCGGAUGUGUCAUUUUUCUGA